GAGGCUACGGUUUGGAGGGUAUCAUGACGGCAGAGUGUGAGGCUCGCGACGAAGAUCGUAUCUAGAAAAGACUGGGAUGCCACGCUGGAGGAGGUCAUCGCGGAGAGGGAGGUGCAGAGAGCUGUAGAGCUAGGGGGGUCGGCGAGCUCCGCAUAUCGGGAUGUCGCGGUUUGUUGAGAUGAUUAGGCAGUUGUCGGGCUGCUGAGGACUUCGGAGCGUAUGCGGGACGCGGGGGACAUGGUGCUAAUCGUCGUAGGCGUCCCUGCAAGCGCUGUCAGUUAUCCAAAAACUCCCAUUCAUCGCUACCAGCACCAGCUCCCAAGAGCUAAACGUGUCUUUUGCCACUGGCGGACUUCGCGGCUGGUACUCAGUGUAAGUAGAGCAAGCUCCUCCUGCCAAACCGGAUUCAGUGCGUCCGGUGUCUUCUCCCUCGAAGCCCGUACCAUGUACGUGCAUAUCUUGUUUCCUCUUCGAACCCACCCUGUAAGGCGUCUGAGGCUAACAAUCGGCGGCGGGGCGGGCAUCGGUAUGCUGAGCUCGCUGGACGCUUCGGGCAUGCAGGCGUGGUGAUCGAGGGCGGCUGGGGCGGCAGCAGAGAGCAGUGACGAAGCCGCAAAUUGGAAGCGUGAAGUGC